CGCACGGGCUCAGGCCACAGCUUUAGGAACUGGCAGUGGCGGCGUCAAGAUGGCGGAGCUACGUGUGCUGGUUGGAGUCAAGAGGGUCAUAGAUUUUGCCGUGAAGAUCCGAGUGAAGCCAGAUAAGACUGGGGUGGUGACAGAUGGGGUGAAGCACUCCAUGAACCCCUUCUGUGAGAUCGCAGUGGAGGAGGCCGUUCGGCUGAAGGAGAAGAAGCUGGUGAAGGAAGUGAUCGCAGUCAGCUGCGGCCCCCUGCAGUGCCAGGAGACCAUCCGCACAGCCCUGGCCAUGGGAGCUGACCGAGGCAUCCAUGUGGAGGUGCCUGAGGCGGAGGCUCAGCGCUUGGGGCCCCUCCAGGUCUCCCGAUUGCUGUCUGCUUUGGCCCAGAAGGAGAAAGUUGGGCUGGUGCUGCUGGGGAAACAGGCCAUUGAUGAUGACUGUAAUCAGACUGGACAGAUGACGGCUGCCAUGCUUGACUGGCCUCAGGGCACGUUUGCCUCUAAACUCGCAUUAGAGGGGGACAAGUUGACAGUGGAGCGAGAGAUCGAUGGUGGCCUUGAGACCAUUCGCCUUAAGCUGCCUGCUGUGGUGACCACGGACCUCCGGCUGAACGAGCCCCGCUAUGCCACUCUGCCCAAUAUCAUGAAAGCCAAGAAGAAGAAGGUGGAGGUGGUAAAGCCUGGUGACCUGGGGGUGGACACGUCCUCCCGGAUCUCUGUGCUCAGCGUGGAGGAUCCGCCGCAGCGCACUGCAGGGGUGAAGGUGGAGACCACCGAGGACCUUGUGGCCAAGCUGAAAGAGGCUGGCCACAUUUGACACCCCCCUCCCCCCAAUAAAUUUGUGCCAGCCCUUCCCCCUUCA